CCCGACCGCCGCCGCGGCACACCUCGCCGCCGCUGAAUCCCCCGCCUCCGCGCGCCGUCUCUCUCUCUGAGCCCUCCCGUCAACACCGACCCCGACUCCCAAUCCAAUCCUUCUGCCUUUCCGCGUGCCCACCUGCUUUCAACUCGGGAUCUCGUCGGGAGAGGCGGCGGCGGCGGCGGAUUGGAGAUUCGGGCCCAUGGCGUGGCGGCGCGUCCUCUCCCUGGCUGCACGGAACCGAUCAGCAUAUGUAAUUUAUAAUCAGUCCGCAGCUUCUUCCCCUCUGAGGUCAAUUGGAAGUGACAUCUUUGCAGGUGGCGCACUCAGGAACUUACAUGAUAGGUUUCAUUCAAGCUAUUUUGGUGGCCUUUCACGCAGCAUGCGAGAUCUGGGCUCCCAAAGUGAAACUUCUCUGCUAAAAGAGAUAUACAGAAGUGACCCAGAGCGUGUGAUACAAAUAUUUGAAAGCCAGCCUUUACUGCACUCGAAUUCUUCAGCACUUUCAGAAUAUGUAAAAGCUCUUGUUAAGGUUGAUAGGCUGGAUGAUAGCACCUUGCUAAAAACAUUGCAAAGAGGUCUUGCUGCUUCAGAAAGGGCAGAAGGAAGCCUUGGUAGCGUGCCAGCAUCAAAGAGCGCUGGUCAAGUGACAAAAGAUGGACUUAUUGGCACUGCGAAUGCGCCUAUUCACAUGGUUACUGCAGAAACAGGUCAAUUUAAGGACCAACUUUGGCGCACCUUCCGAAGUAUUGCACUAACUUUCCUAUUAAUUUCGGGCAUCGGUGCUCUCAUUGAGGAUAGAGGAAUCAGCAAAGGCCUUGGUCUAAAUGAAGAGGUUCAACCAAGCAUGGAAUCUAGUACGAAAUUUAGUGAUGUAAAAGGUGUUGAUGAAGCCAAAGCUGAACUUGAGGAAAUAGUUCACUACCUCCGAGAUCCAAAGCGUUUUACACGUCUAGGUGGAAAACUGCCAAAAGGUGUCCUGCUUGUUGGCCCUCCUGGCACUGGCAAGACCAUGUUAGCAAGGGCUAUUGCUGGUGAAGCCAGUGUUCCUUUUUUCUCAUGCAGUGGUAGUGAGUUUGAGGAGAUGUUUGUAGGUGUAGGAGCUAGAAGAGUGAGGGAUCUUUUUGCUGCAGCCAAAAAACGAUCGCCUUGUAUCAUAUUCAUGGAUGAAAUUGAUGCAAUUGGUGGGAGUAGAAAUCCAAAGGACCAGCAGUAUAUGAAGAUGACCUUGAAUCAGUUACUUGUCGAGCUGGAUGGCUUUAAGCAGAAUGAGGGGAUAAUUGUCAUCGCUGCAACUAACUUCCCCGAGUCAUUAGAUAAAGCACUAGUCAGACCUGGGCGCUUUGACCGUCAUAUUGUUGUUCCUAAUCCAGAUGUUGAGGGCAGACGUCAAAUUUUAGAGGUCCACAUGACAAAGGUCUUAAAGGGUGAUGAUGUGGAUUUGAUGACCAUUGCCAGGGGAACACCAGGCUUUUCAGGUGCUGACCUCGCUAACCUGGUGAAUGUGGCUGCUCUAAGGGCUGCCAUGGAUGGAGCGAAAUCUGUUACAAUGACUGAUCUGGAGUAUGCCAAGGACCGGAUCAUGAUGGGUAGCGAGCGCAAGUCCGCAGUGAUCUCGGAUGAGAGCAGGAAGCUGACAGCGUACCAUGAGGGAGGGCAUGCCCUUGUUGCCAUCCACACCGAUGGUGCUCACCCUGUCCACAAAGCUACCAUUGUGCCCAGGGGGAUGGCCCUUGGGAUGGUGGCUCAACUCCCUGACAAAGAUGAGACUAGCGUGUCAAGGAAACAAAUGCUAGCAAGCUUGGAUGUUUGUAUGGGAGGGCGGGUGGCAGAGGAGCUUAUAUUUGGGGAUAGCGAGGUGACAUCUGGUGCUUCAUCUGACUUCGAGCAAGCAACUUCGAUGGCAAGAGCAAUGGUUACUCAAUAUGGUAUGAGCAAGCAGGUCGGUCUUGUUUCGUACAACUAUGAAGAUGAUGGAAAGACUAUGAGCUCAGAAACGAGGCUUCUAAUUGAGGAGGAGGUGAAGAAUUUCUUGGAGAGGGCAUACAACAAUGCAAAGACUAUCCUGACGAAACACAACAAGGAGCUGCAUACUCUAGCCAAUGCACUUCUUGAGCACGAGACGCUCAGCGGAGCCCAGAUAAAGAACUUAUUGGCCCAGGCAGAUAACAAACAGCCGCAGGAGCAUGGUGUUGAAGCCCCACAGAAGACACCAGCUUCACCCCCAUCACCAGCUGCCGCAGCUGCAGCUGCGGCUGCAGCGGCAGCACAAAAAGCCGCAGCGCAAGCCACGGGUGUUGCCGGUAUCGGAUCUUAGCGCAUGGGACAUCCACAGGUUUGCGUUGUGUAUAGUUACGAAACUAGCAGGUUUUUCCAUCAAAUCAUCAGUUGAUCAGCAUCAUGAAGAAUAUGAUGCUACACUGCUGCAUCAACACGAGGGCACAUUGAUUGUUUGUACGAAUGCUAUUGAUGUUCCUCUGGUGAAUAGGGCACACAUGGAAGAAAAUUCACACAUUGUAGCAGGCACAUGUAGCUAGUGUUUGAGUAUGAGCUUUGUUCUCGCAUGCCGUCUGUAGUUUUCAACUCUACAUCUCAAUAAUUUUUACCGUUCAGACCUGCCUUGUAUUUGUAGGAAUAAGGCAUGCUCUAUUCUGAAGUCUGAGACGCAUUUGGUA